AUGGACCCCGACGAGCCCAUUGCCAACGAGCCUCAGCCCUCCAUCUUUCGCUGGAUCCUGGGCUUCCUCAUGGUUGGCGCAUGCUGGGGACUCACGACACCCUUUAUGCGUAAGGCUGCAAUGAACUAUACGCCGCCCCAACGCCCUACCCUUACCGAUCCGAACAAUUCAUGGCUCAAGAAAAAAGUGUUGGGUGUAUUUUAUGCUGUGAUUGGAGUACUUAGUCGACCGGCCUACGCAAUACCAUUGUUGCUCAAUGUCACUGGAAGCGUGUGGUUCUUCAUAUUGAUCGGCAAGGCGGAAUUGAGUCUCACGGUGCCCAUCACAAACUCACUCGCUUUCCUGUUCACUGUGCUAGGUGAAUGGUGGGCAGAGAAAAAGGUCAUCAGUAGAGACACUUGGAUAGGCAUGGCAUUCGUGCUCGGAGGGAUCGGCUUAUGCGUACAAAGCAAGUCGUAG